UGUGCGUCAGCGCUACGCACACUUCCGGUGAUGUCACGAACCCGGAAAUAAACAACACUCGCAGACACUUGAGAACGUAGCAUUAUUUUCAUACUUGCAAUAUCAAACGUUAUGAACGAAUUUGACGAACUCCCUCUAAACUUGACAUAUAGUGUCGCUUAGUUGUUUUUGAGAGUGUUUUUUUUUUUUUUUUUUUUUACCUCGCGACGUAUGAAGCUAGUACGAGCGCUUAGCACUUAGCAGGCCGAGCAAAGCCAUGUUACUGGAGCUUGUUGCAUAAAGGUGUUUAGGAGGAUACUUUAACGAGAUGGCUGUGGAGCUGGACGUGUUUGUGGGUAACACCACGAUCAUGGACGAGGAGGUUUAUCAGCUCUGGUUGGACGGAUAUACAGUAAACGACGCGGUGAAGUUCCGAAUGGAGGGCGGAGCGCUGGAAGAGUGCGAGGCCAGCGCGGACGUGCUGCUGAGCGACACCAUGGACCAGUACAGAACCUUCCAGAUGUGCGAGCGUCUUCUGCACAGCCCGUCCAAACUGGCUAAUCAGUUGCUCUUCCAGAUCCCGCCUCAUCGACAGGCCGUGCUCAUCGAGAGAUACUACGACUUUGACGAUGCCUUUGUGCGUGAAGUCCUGGGCAAGAAACUCUCCAAAGGAACCAAGAAAGACUUGGACGACAUUAGCGCCAAGACGGGCGUAACUCUCAAAAGUUGCAGACGGCAGUUUGACAACUUCAAGCGUGUUUUUAAAGUGGUGGAAGAGCUGAAGGGCCCUCUGGUGGAGAACAUACGUCAGCAUUUCCUUCUCUCGGACAAGCUCGCAAGGGAUUACGCGGCCAUUGUGUUCUUUGCCAACAAUCGCUUUGAGACUGGGAAGAGAAAGCUGCAGUAUCUCACCUUCCAGGACUUUGCUUUUUGCGCCGGGCAGCUUAUCAACAACUGGACCGUCGGCGCCGUGGAUAACAUGGUGGAAGACAUGGACGUGGAUCUAGACAAAGAAUUUCUCCAAGAACUGAAAGAACUGAAGAUUCUCAUUUCUGACAAGGAUCUGCUGGAUCAACACAAAAGCUUGGUGUGCACGGCCCUCCGGGGGAAAACCAAAGCUUUUCCUGAGAUGGAGGCCAAUUUCAAGAAUCUUUCCAGAGGCCUGGUGAACAUCGCCGCCAAGUUAACCAACACCAAAGACGUCCGCGAUUUCUUCAUCGACCUCGUGGAGAAGUUCAUCGAACCGUGUCGCUCGGACCGAUGGACGGCGGCGGACACCAGGCUCUACUUGACUCACUACGCCAAUUCCGCACACAUACUGGACACCUUCAAACAUCAAGCGGUGUGGGACAGAUACAUGGGCGUCAUCAAAAGCUGCGUCUUCAAAAUGUAUCACGACUGAUCCGGGUUCUCUUCAACUGCGCCUUUUUUUUUUGUUUUUGCCCUCCCCCCCUCAAGAUGUUAUCUUAACCUCCCCCCCUUGUAUGGAAAGUUGUAAGACGUAAGUGAAAAUGAUCCAACCUUGGCAGAUUAACUGUAUGGACACUAUUCACAGCUAAAUGGACACAAAAUACAUGUUUUCAAGAAGUAACUGACCGAGUUUGGAGUUAACUCAUUGUUAACUCUCGGACGGCGAUAGACAACAUUCGAAGUGUUCGGGAGUGCCGACGGUGAAGGAACGUGUUUUAAGCCAGCCCUCCCUAUGCAUUAAAUGGAUCGGCCGUCUACUAGUGACAAACUCAUUUCGGUUCUCGGUGGAAGGAUGUAUAGAGCCACUCGGUGAGACGGCUAUUGUCGUCAAUGCUGUUGAAAUUGCGGACGUUAGUACAAAUGUUGUCACCGUGCCGGCUUGAUUAGGCUUGGCUUUAAGGUCAAAAACAGCCCUUUUCCUCAUAUUAGCCAGCAGACGGCGGACAAUUUAACACCGGAAGUCCUGGGGUUUUUGGGGCUGUAAAGAAAGACCAGAAAGGCGUCAAAUGACCCCGAUACCAAACUGACAACUUGGCUUUGUCAAUGAAUAGACUACUUAAACAAGCAGUCAAGCAAACAACCGCCCUACACAUGCCUGUGGAGUCGCUGCCUCGGUGUGAGGGGGGGGAUGUUCACUCUGGAUAGCUGCAAUUAGUAUCUUGAACAUUUGCAAAUCCAGGGCUUCCUUGGGUUUCUCAAACACGGAGGAACACUAAGAUGGCAGUUGCCGUGUUCUACAAUAUGAUUGACGUGGCAGCAGUGAAUGCAUAUGUGUUGUAUCAGGCAUGCACAGAGAGGCAAAAGAGACACUUGGACUUCUCGGUAGGUCUCGCAGAGGAAUUUGCUCACUCUCAUGUGGGCACAAAGGAGGCGCGGAAGGAAAAAUUGCUUCGACACAGCCUCCAACAUCUAGCCCCGGGAAAAGGGCAAAGAGUCAUAUGUCACCACAUAAAAAAUGUUUUGUUAUUUUAUUACUCCAUCCCUUGUACAGUAGGCAAACCGCAGCUUUUGGAAGAUGUAAAAAGGUUGUCCGCCCGAUUGCCCGCCUGAGCGGUCCGCUGUCCGACAAAGCCGAGGCACCCCUGCCCUGCAAACACUCAAGAUGCUAAUUGGAGAAAUCCAACCCUGUGGUUUUGCGAGUGUGAAUGGGAUGACUAAUGAGGACUUCAGUGCUCACAAAAGAUAUGCUGAUUAGGUUCAGAUGACCCUUCUCUGGACACAGAAGGGAUUCAUAUCAACUGAUCCACCCUUGGUAGUUCUAGUGUGUUAAAAGGACCACCAAUUGGCCUCCAGGUGUCUCUAUCAAUAGUUAGCCAAGUGGCUCCGCCUUUCCCCUAACCGUACAUGAGUAAUCCAUGCAGGACAAUUGUAAAUAGCAAUGCAAUCCACAAAGAAAACUGGCAAUCAUUGACGGUAGCUUUGCAUGGAAUGCAAAAGCUUGAAUUUAUAAUAUUUAUUUUCCCCCCAAUGGUGUUUCUUGGGCACACUGCUCAGCCCACGGCGUUUCACCAUUUGACAUGGUUGGAACACCCAAACGACCGGAAUCCUCGUGCGGCGCAGGCAAACAUAAACAGCCAAAAAAGAAGGGGGGAAAAAAAGGAAAAUUUCAAAAUCCUACAUUUUUUCCAAAUCACAUAAUUCAUGCAGUAAGAUGAGGGGCACAAAAGUCAUUUUUGCCAUCAACCUACGACUUCAUUUACAUUUGCCAAAAACUUUCCCGUUCAUUUCUAAUGGCCAAAAUUUGCUGUUCCGUUCAAGAAGUCACAUCCGGAAGUGACCGCAAAUUACAGAAUGUGACCCGAGAUCCACAGGAAGUGACUCCGAAAAAAAAAAUGAAAUCGUUAUUAUUUUAGACAAAACUUUACACAGAAAAAAAAUGGGCCAGGCAAAAUUCAAUUCAAUUCAAUUUUGUUUGUAUAGCCCUCAAUCACAACAGAUGUCUCAAAGGACUUUACAGAGGCAAUACAAAAGUAUUGGCACCCUUUGAAAAAUCGUGAUGGUUCUCUAAUUUGUGUAAUGAACAGCACCUGUGGCACAUGGUGGUGGCAAUAAUUAAAUCAUGCGUGCAGCCAGUUAAAAUGAAUUAAAGAUGACUCAACCUCUGUCCUGUGUCCUUGCGUGUACCAAAUUGAGCAAGGAGAAAAGAAAGAAGACCAAAGAACUGUUUGAGGACUUGAGAAGCCAGAUUGUGAGGAAGCAUGGGUAAUCUCAAGGCUACAAGUCCAUCUCCAAAGACCUGAAUGUUCCUGUGUCUGCUGUGUGCAGUGCCAUUAAUAAGUGUAAAGCCCACGGCACUGUGGCUAACCUCCCUAGAUGUGGACGGAAAAGAAAAAUUGAUGAGGGAUUUCAAUGAAAGAUUGUGCGGAUGGUGGAUAAAGAACCUCGACUAACAUCCAAACAAGUUCAAGCUGUCCCGCAGUCCGAGGGUACAGCCGUGUCAACCCGUGCUAUCCGUCGGCAUCUGAAUGAAAAGGGACUGUACCCAGGAAGAUCACACUUCUGACCCAGAGACAUAAAAAAGCCAGGCUGGAGGUUGCCAAAACUUACCAGAGAAAGCCAAAAAUGUUUUAGAAGAAUGUUCUCUGAUUAGAUGAGACAAAAGUAGAUCUUUUUGGGAAAAGGCAACAACAUAGAGUUUAGAGGAAAAAAACGAGGCCUUCAAAGAACACUGUCCCCACAGUCAAACAUGACGGAAGUUCCCUGAUGUUUUGGGGUUGCUUAGCUUUCUCUGGCACUGGACCGUGCGCAUGGUAUUAUGAAGUCUGAAGAGUACCAACAAAUUUUGCGGCAUAAUGUAGGGCCCAGUGUGAGAAAGCUGGGUCUCCCUCAGAAGUUUUCCAGCAGGACAAUGACCCAAAAGCACUAGAAAAUGGUUUGAGAGAAAGCACUGGAGACUUGUAAAGUGGCCAGACAUCAAUCACCUUUGGAGAGAUCUGAAAAUGGCACCGAGACCCAGAGCAGUUGGCCAAAGAAGAAUGGUCUAAAAUUCCAGCAGAGCAUUGUAAUUGAUGGUUGUUGGCAGUUAUUUUGUCUAAAAGUUGUGCUACCAAGCAUUAGGCUGAAAGUGCCAAUACUUUUGUCCGGCUCAUUUUUGGACUUUUGUGUAAAAUGAUAGUGAUUUCAUUUGUUUUCAUUCUGUUUUGUCUUUUUUCAUUGCAAGCAAUGUGAAUGAAGAUAUUACUAUCAAAUCAUUUGUAAUUGCAAUCAUUUUCUGGGAAAAAUUCAGCAUUAUCUGACAGAAUUGCAGGGGUGCCAAUACUGUGUGUGGAAAUGGCCCAUAUUUGUAUUUUUUCUUCCCGUAUCUCACAGCGCCACUGCACUAUCGGCUCCCCCGGUCUGCAAACUAUCGGCUUUGUAAACAAAAGAGCCUAUUUACAUGAAGAUGUCAUUAUGUUUUAUAUCGUGGCUCUCCGGCGGGCCUCGUAAAAACACCGUAUCGUCAUCAAAUCGGUCCACAGAGGAACAGUGAUCGAUGGCGCUGGCCGCAGAUGAAAGCCGGAAAGCGUACUUUCAAAAAUAAAAGUGACGGCAGAUGAAGACAUUCUGCUGCUGCUGCUGCUGCUGCUGCUGCAUUUGACUUCAAUUCUGAGAAUUUGUGGGACGUUUGUGUGUGGUCAGGGAAAACCGGCGAGCGCGGGGGUUCGCGCAGUUGGUCCGCCGGUCGGGGGGGUCGACGGUGUGAUUUUCAACAAGAUCCUCCCGGAACGACAGCUGCUGCCGCCGCCGCCACCCGCGCACACGCGCGUCGUAAAGACCCCAAAGGGAAGGAGGGGUCACACCGUCUAUCAAUUGUGGCUUGUCGCCCAAAUCCGCUUUAAUCGCCCAACAGAGUGGUGGUAAAUUCAACAUUGGAACAGAUCGGCCACCUUUGUCACAAUACAAACAUUUUCAACUUGAUGUUGAUACUCCAAAAAGAGACUUGUAUCAUAUAUAGUGUAUAUUUAUCACAAGCAGAACAGAAGAUUUCAAUGUUUCUACAUUGGUAGUCAUUGUUUUUGAGCCAAAAUAAAACUUUCUGGAAAAACGACUGCUCCAAAAGCGACAGAAAGGGCCUCCAUCAAUCAGUUUGUGCUGUAAACCUGUACCAUUUUAUCAGGUGGCCUGCUACGUGUGGACACGGCCGGGGCUUUUCCGCCGUUUCAUAGGAGUAUAAGGCUCACACGGCCAGUGUCCCAGAAUGAUUGAAUGUUACAAAACCCGAGCGGCCCCGAGGGUUCCACUUAAGUGGGAAAGUAUUUCAUAACCCAGCCUCGGGUCACGUCGACGGCUGUCGCGUCACGCCGAUUUUGCAACAGUUUUGUUGCGGGAACGCAGUGGCGUAAACCAUUAGUCACGUCGAGUGAGAAAGACUCCACUCUGCCCGGCCGGCCGGCCGCCCGCCCGCUUUUUCCACUUUCACUCGCUCGACUGUACUCCGCUCUCAUUUUUGUCAACAUUCCAUUUAUUUCUCUCUUGCUCCCUGGCUAUAAAUACCCCUAGUUUUUUUUUUUUAGUGGCUUCAUGGAAAAUCAGGGACGGGGG